CCUGGCGAAGUAGGAACCGGAAGCUGCUUCUUGUCAACAUGGCGCCGAGCGGUUCAGAUCCAGUAUAACUGUUUCAGUUAAUCUGAAUAACAGCCCGCUGAGCUAUUCUGUCUUCGCAGCACGCUUGUGAGGAAACCGGACGCCCGGCGCGGCGUCAGCCUGAGGCAGGCGACCUGUAUCAGGUGCAGGCUCUAUGGAAGAGUAGGACUGAAGUGACAGACUUGUGUCUGCUGGGAUGGACGUGGAGGAAGAGCACAUGACGACGUUGCUGUGCAUGGGCUUCUCGGAGCCUGCCGCCAUCCGCAAGGCGCUCCGUAUGGCCAAGAAUGACAUUAACGAGGCCGUGGCCCUCCUCACUAACGAGAGUCCUGGCCUCGGCUACGAGCCUAUGGAGAGCGGAGGAGGAAGCGGCGGCGUUGGCGGAGGAGGGGGCGGUGGUGGUGGAGGUGGAGGGACCGGUUCCCGCGGUGGUGGAGGGAGUGGAGGUGGAGGAGAUUACAGCCGGAGUGGGUUUGAUCCACCACCCGCUUAUGACGAGGUGGUUGAGGUCGAGAGGAGCAAUGAUGAGAAUGGAAACUGUUCAGGGACCAUUGAAUUUCCAACCACGAAUCUGUAUGAAUUGGAAAGUCGAGUGUUCACCGAUCACUGGUCUAUCCCUUACAAACGUGAAGAAUCACUGGGCAAGUGCCUGAUAGCAUCCACGUACCUUGCACGCCUUGGUCUUGCUGAUGCUGAUGAAAAUUGUAAAAGAUUUACAGACCGAUGUAUGGCAGAAGCUUUUAAAAAGUUAUUAACUUCAAGUGCUGUCCAUAAAUGGGGAACUGAAAUCCACGAGGGAAUCUAUAACAUGGUGAUGCUUUUAGUGGAUCUAGUUGCGGCACGUGUCAAGCAAGACCCAAUUCCGAUUAGCCUUAUGGGGGUACUCACCAUGGCUUUCAAUCCAGGUAACGAGUACCAUUUCAAGAAUCGUAUGAAAAUGUGCCAGAGGAAUUGGGCAGAUGUUUUUGGAGAUGGCAAAAUGUAUGCCAUCUCGCCACCAGCCAAUUUACAGAAGGAACCUCAUGGCUGGCUCAUAGAUCUGGUUAAUCGGUUCGGUGAGAUGGGUGGGUUUUCAGCAAUCCAGCUUAAGCUUGGUGCAGAUGAUAUAGAAACAGCGGCUGUAUCUGCACUGGUGCAGCCAUUGAGUGUCUGUGCUGAAUAUCUAAAUCCCAUGGUGGUGCAGCCCAUGCUGGACCCUGUCAUUGAUAAAAUGAUUAGAUACGUACAAAGUUUAGAAGAAAAAGAUCUGAAAGACAAGAAAUUGGUGACGAUUCCAGAGCUUCUCUCUGCCAUCAAACUGCUGUGCAUGCGCUUUCAGCCUGCAUUGGUGACUGUGGUAGAUGACCUCCGACUAGAUAUCCUCCUACGUAUGUUGAAAACUCCUCAUUUUAGCGCAAAAAUGAAUUCGUUGAAGGAGGUUACUAAAUUGAUUGAGGACAGUACUUUGUCAAAGUCUGUGAAGAAUGCAAUUGAUACAGAUCGAUUAUUAGACUGGCUAGUGGAAAAUUCCGUACUGUCAAUAGCACUUGAAGGAAAUAUUGAUCAAGCACAAUACUGUGAUAGAAUAAAGGGAAUAAUUGAACUGCUGGGCAGUAAACUCUCUCUGGAUGAACUUACCAAGAUUUGGCGCAUUCAGUCAGGACAAUCUUCAACUGUCAUUGAAAAUAUCCAUACCAUUAUUGCUGCUGCUGCUGCCAAGUUCAACUAUGAUCAACUGAACCAUCUCUUCAUCUUAAUACAGAAGAGUUGGGAAAUUGAAAGUGACCGUAUUCGACAAAAACUUCUCAGCCUUAUCGGAAAAAUUGGUCGUGAAGCACGUUCUGAGAAUACCACGGGGAAGGUGCUGGAAGUGUUAUGGGAUCUAGCUCAUUUACCAGCGCUCCCCACUAACUUGGUCCAGCCGGCUUUGGAAGAACACCUGACUAUACUCAGUGAAGCUUAUGCAGUAAAGGAGCAGAUUAAGCGAAGCUACAUUAUUAAAUGUAUAGAAGACAUUAAAAAGUCCUCCCAGCAGAACAACCAGCAACCAGUAUGGGUGGUUCCAGCAUUGCGUCAACUUCACGAGAUUACCAGGUCUUUCAUCAAACAGAGCUGUCAGAAACAAGAUAAGAGUAUUGUGCAGGAUUUGAAGAAGAACUUUGAAAUAGUGAAACUGGUUACAGGGAGCCUCGUGGCUUGUCAUCGAAUGGCACUUGCUGUAGCAGGUCCAGGAGGGCUGGCAGGAUCAACGAUUGUAGAUGGUAGAUACACCCAUCAAGAUUACCUGGAAGCACACCUGAGGUUCCUUGCAUUUUUUCUUCAAGAAGCCAGCCUCUAUAUUGGCUGGAAUCGUGCCAAGGAGAUUUGGGAGUGCCUGGUUUCUGGAGCAGAUAUUUGUGAACUUGAUCGAGAGUUGUGCUUCGAAUGGUUUACCAAAGGGCAUGGGGACUUGGAGAGUGAUGUUCAACAACAGCUUUUUAAAGAGAAAAUUCUCAAGCUAGAACCCUAUGAAAUCACAAUGAAUGGUUUUAAUCUCUUCAAAACCUUUUUUGAGAUUGUGAAUCUUUCUGACCAUCGACUGAAAAAACAAGGAGCUCAACUGCAUGUUGAAAAGUUGGAGCUAUCAGGAAUGGAUUUUAUCUGGAGAAUUGCCAUGGAGUCACCAGAUGAAGAAAUUGCUCAUGAGGCAAUCCAGCUGAUCAUUAAUUACAGUUACAUUAGCCUGAAUCCACGUUUAAAAAAGGACUCUGUUUCCCUUCAUAAGAAAUUCAUCGCAGAUUGUUACAAACGUUUAGAGGUUGCUAGUUCAGCUUUAGGAGGCCCUACCUUGACGCAUGCUGUUACACGAGCUACUAAAAUGCUCACAGCGACGGCCAUGCCCACUGUUGCUACAUCGGUACAGUCACCAUCCAGGUCCAGUAAACUUGUCAUAAUUGAACGUCUGCUGCUGCUUGCUGAAAGAUAUGUGAUUACAAUAGAGGAUCUAUAUUCCGUUCCCCGGACGAUCCUACCUCAUGGAGCUUCUUUCCAUGGACAUCCCGUCACUAUCUCGGUCAUUUGUGAGUCCUCAAAAGAUUCAUUUACUGUCGAGGCUCACAGCAACGAAACUGUUGGGAGUGUCAGGUGGAAAAUGGCAACACAUAUCAAUUGUCCGUUGGAUAACUUACAAAUAUUUGCCAAUGAUAGCUUGCUCACCAUGAACAAAGAUCAAAAGUUGCUCCACCAGCUGGGUUUUGUCGAUGAACAAAUAUUGACUGUAAAGUUGCCCGUAAUGGGUACACCUUCGGGAAGUUCAGUUGAUUCAUCUACCAGUAGUAGUGUAUUCAAUUCAGCUUACGCAAUGGAACAGGAGAAAUCACUGCCUGGUGUUGUGAUGGCACUAGUGUGUAAUGUGUUUGAUAUGCUUUAUCAACUUGCCAACCUUGAAGAACCAAGAAUAACAGUUCGCGUUCGAAAGUUGCUGCUUUUGGUUCCAACGGAUCCAGCCAUUCAGGAAGCACUGGAUACACUUGAUGCUUUAGGCAGAAAAAAAACACUGUUGACUGAUUCAAGUCACCAAACGUCCAAGUCACCUUCACUUUCUUCAAAGCAACAGCAUCAGCCGAGUGCAAAUACGAUUCUGGAGAGCCUGUUCAGAUCGUCAGCACCGGGAAUGUCUACCUUCAGAGUGCUUUAUAAUCUAGAGGUUCUCAGUUCCAAGCUCAUGCCAACGUCAGACGAUGAGAUGGCAAGAAACUGUGCAAAAUCUUUCUGCGAAAAUUUUCUCAAAGCAGGAGGCUUAAGCUUGGUAGUGAAUGUUAUGCAGCGGGAUUCUAUUCCAUCUGAGGUGGAUUAUGAGACAAGGCAGGGAGUUUAUUCAAUCUGUCUGCAGCUCGCAAGGUUUUUGCUCGUUGGCCAAACCAUGCCAUCUACACUGGAUGAUGAUUUCUUGAAAGAUGGAAUGGAAGCACUGUCCUCGCGCCCAUUUCGCAAUAUUGGUCGACAGACUAGUCGCCAAUUAUCAAUUGGUGGUCAAGAAAAAUCAUCGAUGAGACAAAUGAGUGUGACGUCCGAUCGAUCAUCAAUAAGAAUUGAGGAGAUAAUACCUGCUGCAAGAGUGGCAAUACAGACGAUGGAUGUGAAUGAUUUCACCUCAACAGUAGCCUGCUUUAUGAGGCUUUCAUGGGCAGCAGCAGCUGGACGUCUUGACCUGGUGGGCAGCUGCCAGCCAAUUCGAGAGAGUACCAAUUGUUUAUUCUCCGUUGGUAUUCGAAAUAGACUCAGCAGUUCAGGCAGCACCUGCAGCUCUGGAAGUGAAGGUGAAUCAACCACGCUGCAUGCAGGCAUAUGUGUGAAGCAGCACUCUGUCUCCACCAAAGAUACUCUUAUUGCUCGAGAGGCCUUAUCGCUUCUGGUUACAUGUUUACAGCUGCGGUGCCAGCAACUAGGUUCAUUUUAUAUUCUUCCUUGUGUGAAUGAUUUUAUCAUAGAUAUUCUGCUUGGUUCCCCUAGUGCUGAGAUUAGAAGGGUCGCCUGGGAUCAGUUAUAUACACUGAGUCAAACGGAUACAUCGGCAAGCCCUGAAAUACAGAAACCUAAUCAGUUCCUUCUGCAUGUCGUCCUCACAACUCAGCUUCCACUCUGGUCCCCAACCAGCAUCAUGCGCGGAGUCAACCAAAGACUAUUAUCCCAAUGUACUGAAUAUUUUGGCUUGCGUUGCCAAUUAUUAGACGACUUAACAUCUUCUGAAAUGGAACAGCUUAAUAUUAGCCCUGCUGCCAUGUUGGAAGAUGAGGUUAACUGGCUUGAUAACUUUGAGCCUACGUGGACUGCAGAAUCGGAGACAAGCGAGUCGGAUAAUGUUUUGCUUGCUGGACAUCUGCAUCUUAUCAAAACUCUACUGUCACUGAGUGGGCCAGAAAAGGAAUUGCUUGGACCAUCAUUAAUCAAGCAACUGAUGGAAGAUUUCCUGUUCCGUGCCUCAAAAAUUAUCUUGAGCAGCAGCAGUCCAGCUGGGAGCUGCUCUAUUAGUCAACAGGAUUUCCAUCCAAAGUGCAGUACAGUUAAUAGUCGUCUAGCUGCUUAUGAAGUUCUGGUCAUGUUGGCAGACAGCUCUUUGAGUAACCUCCAGCUGAUCUCCAAUGAGCUGCUUUCCAUGCACCACCAAUUUGACCCUGCACUUACAAAGGAAUUUGAGUACUUGCCACCUGUUGACAGUCGUGCCAUAUCCGGGUUUGUUGGAUUGAAGAAUGGAGGGGCUACAUGUUACAUGAAUGCAGUGUUUCAACAACUUUACAUGCAGCCUGGGUUGCCAGAGGCAAUGUUGUCAGUAGAUGAUGAUGAUGAUGAGAAUCCAGAGGAAAAUGUGUUUUAUCAAGUUCAAUCCCUCUUUGGGCAUCUGAUGGAAAGUAAACUGCAAUAUUAUGUCCCGGAGACCUUCUGGAAGAUUUUUAAAAUGUGGAACAAGGAGCUGUACGUCCGUGAGCAACAAGAUGCAUACGAGUUUUUUACCAGUCUGAUAGAUCAGCUGGAUGAGCAUCUUAAGAAACUUGGACGUGAACAGUUUUUUAAGAACACUUUCCAGGGUAUUUUUUCUGACCAGAAGAUCUGCAAAGAUUGUCCUCACAGAUAUGAACGUGAGGAAGCAUUCAUGGCCCUGAACCUGGGAGUAACAUCAUGCCAAAGCUUGGAAAUAUCACUGGAUCAGUUUGUAAGAGGCGAGGUGCUUGAAGGAGGCAAUGCAUACUACUGUGAGAAGUGUAAAGAGAAGAGGACGACAGUGAAGCGGAUGUGCAUCAAAUCUCUACCAAGUGUGUUAGUCAUCCAUUUAAUGAGAUUUGGGUUUGACUGGGAGAGUGGGCGAUCUAUCAAGUAUGAUGAACAAAUACGGUUUCCUUGGCUUCUAAACAUGGAGCCCUACACGGUGUCUGGAAUGGCACGGCAAGAACACUCUUCUGAACAUGGGGAAAACGGCAAAGCAGGCGAUCACGUGGGUGGUGGCUCUCCAAGAAAGAAAGGUGCCCCAACUGAAAACUAUGAGCUGGUUGGAGUGAUUGUUCAUAGUGGUCAGGCACAUGCUGGACACUAUUACUCGUUCAUCAAGGACAGAAGGGCUGGUGGCAAAGGGAAAUGGUACAAGUUCAAUGACACGGUGGUAGAUGAGUUCGAUCUAAAUGAUGAGACAUUGGAGUUUGAAUGUUUUGGUGGAGAGUACAGACCUAAAGUGUAUGAUCAAUCAAAUCCUUACCCUGAAGUCCGUCGCAGGUACUGGAAUGCCUACAUGUUAUUUUACCAGCGAAUGUUAGACCAAAACUCUCCAGUUUUACCAAAGAAAAGUCGAGUUAGUGUUGUUCGGCAGGAGGCAGAGGAUCUGUCCUUAUCUGCACCCUCUUCACCUGAAGUUUCGCCCCAGUCAUCCCCUCGUCCUCAUAGACCAAACAAUGACCGCCUUUUAUUGUUGACCAAACUGGUAAGGAAGGGAGAAAAGAAGGGACUCUUUGUUGAAAAAUUGCCAGCCAGGAUUUACCAGAUGGUACGAGAUGAAAAUCUGAAAUUCAUGAAAAACAGAGAUGUUUUCAACAGUGACUACUUCAAUUUCAUGCUUUCCUUGAUUUCACUCAAUGCAACUAAACUGAAGCAUCCAGUGUACCAAUCCAUGGCAAAGAUUGGCAUGAAGCUUGCCAUCCAGUUUCUCUUUCAAACCUAUUUGCGAACCAAGAAAAAACUCAGGGUGGACACAGGAGAAUGGAUAACUCUCAUCGAGAGGUUGCUUACAAACAGUUGUGAUGCCUGUCAGUGGCUAAUUGAAUUCUUGGUUGGGUCAGAGGGCCGAGAAUUGAUAAAGAUUUUCCUUCUGGAGUGCACUGUUCGUGAGGUCCGUGUAACUGUUGCUACCAUUCUAGAGAAAGCCCUCGAGACUGCUCUGCUUUAUCAGGAAAAGCUGAAAGGAUUGGACCAGUUGCUGGAAGUACUGCUUGGCUUACUUGAUAAGGAUGUAGCUGAAAAUUGCAAAAACUGUUCCCAGUACUUCAACCUCUUCAACAACUUUGUACAAAAGGGUUUCAAGGCCUGCCAGCUGUUAUUCAAACACUCUGCAUUCAAGCGUAUGCUUUGUUUUCUCCUGGGUCCAUCAAGGCAGAACAAUCAAAAUCGGCGUUGGAGUUCUGCACAGGCCCGUGAAUUCUGGUAUCUUCAUAUCACUUUGGCAUCACUAGUCCUACAUACCGACAUUUCAUCUCUACUCACUAUUGAUCCUGGGCAGUAUAAAUGGCAUUCACCAACUCCACAAGUACCUUUGCAUCAAGAUGUAGAAACUCUCUUCAGACCUGAAGGACAAGCUUACCUGCUUGAGGUUAUGUAUGCUAUGCGAGAGCUGACUGGAUCUUUGUCUGUGCUUUCGGAGAUGGUGACUUACUGCUGCUUCUGCAAUGAACAUUUCUCAUUGGUGCAGGUGUUACAGACCAUUAAGAUCCAAUUGGAGACAGCUCCACCACAUGAACUGAAGAAUAUCUUCCAGUUACUGCAUGAAAUCCUGGUCAUUGAAGAUCCAUUGCAAUCUCGCCGUCUGAAGUUUGCUUUUGAGUCGGAGAAAGGACUUUUAGCCCUGAUGCACCAGAGUAACAAUGUUGACAGUAGCCGCUGUUAUCAGUGUAUCAAAUUCUUGGUACUAUUAGCUCAAAAAUGUUCAGCCGCAAAGGACUAUUUUCGGGAGCAUCCCCAUCACUGGAGCUGGGCUGUGCAGUGGUUACAGAAAAAGAUGUCUGAACAUUAUUGGGCCCCACAGAGCAACAUAUCAAAUGAAACUUCAACAGCAAAGACAUUUCAGCGCACAAUUUCAGCACAGGAUACAUUAGCCUACGCUACAGCCCUUUUGAAUGAAAAGGAACAGUCUGGGAGCAGUAAUGGUUCAGAAGGUAGUCCAGCUGCAGAGAAUGGAGAUAGAACUCUUCGACAGGGCUCAGAAUCGCCAAUGAUGCUUGGUGAAUCUAAAAGUGAUCUUGAUGAUAUGGAUCCAUAAAGAAGAUUGGAAAUUCCUUUGGACAAUGCUUGGUGUCAUUUAACUUUAGUGCUGAAUGACUAGGCACCAAACCAGAUGGCUUUGGGCACCAAUCGAUCAGGGGAAGGUACACAGACUCCCAGGUUGCAAACAGCAGGCACAUUUGUGAAGCAAACUUUGCCGAGAGUUGAACCUCAAGACUUCGUGCAAGUCUCGUGUUCUUUGAAGAUUUUGUAUGGAGAAGGAUAAUCUGAUUGUGCUUGUGAAUAUACAGCAAAAGGAAAUUUUUAUCCAAUGCUUUCAGUUGUAACUGCAGAGGAUUUGAUUAAGAUUUUCAUACAAUCUUAGUGAGAGCCUGUAAUUUGUGUAUAAUAGUUCCCAGAGUUGAAGUAACAAAAUCCUUUGUGGUACUAUGUUAUAUAGAUUUAAUUUUAUUUGUAUAAUAAUAGAACAUCUGGUAAAUCUGUUCACUUUAGGUUACAAUAAUUGUUUGUUGGAAUAUUUAAUAGGUUCCAGGUGCAUUUGCAAAGAGGAAUUAUGGUCAAUAAUAUACUCGAUGUGUGAGUGCAACUAUUGUGUGACCUUAUUUAAUUGCAGCCUGGAACUUUAUUAAAUAUUAGAUUAAUCCUUUAAUAAAGGCAACACUCAUUUUAUUUUUUAAAUUCAUACGACCAGCUGCCAUUUUCCAACACGAUUGAUGAUAACAAUGUAUAUUUUGUUUUGAGGAGCUCAAAGUCUAAUCUUUAUGGUCAUUUAUACAAUAGGUGAUAGAAUUUUAGUUGGUGAGUUAUUAACUGAUGUUUCAUUGCAAUGACUAUCGUUUUGUCAAAUUAUUUUGAUCACACCAUAAAUUUGCAUUGCUUCUGUUUUUAAAAUAGCCAUAAUUAGUUUUAAAAACACAUUUUGACACCUUUAUUAUAGAAAUAGAAUAUGUAAUGGGCAAGUGUGUAAUAUUUACUUGACAAGUUCACCUAAUUUAGUAAUUUCAUGCAUGUUGUUUCGCAGUUCCUGACUUGCCAAUGCUGUAAUUUUGGGAGAAGAGUGCACCUACACACAGCUCGUGGGAUGUAUCAGAGUCAUUUAUCAGUGAGUUUAGACAAUAUAUCUGACAUGAAGCAGUUUAUAGCCAUGACAGGUUUCUGACAGAUUUAAAGCAAAGGAUAGCUUGUAUUUUGUUUUUAAUGUAAUUUCUGAGGAGCUUAAAAUAAUUUAUAUUUUCCUCUUUUGAUCUGCAGCUUAUUAGGUGGAUGGCUUAUGCCCAGACCACUCCAUGUAAUGCUGCAGAUCUGUGCAGACUGAACUUCCUGAAACUUUGCACCACUUCUUUGGUCAACCCUUAUUUGCAUCUUCCUGUGGCACAGAUAAGACUAUCUUGCACAGUAAUAAAAAAUAAUGGCAUAUUGCAGCCAGGUAGAACACGGUUCAAUCUCUUGCACUGUAUCUGAGUAUUUAUGAGAAUAUAUUUGUCCUUUAACUUGUUUCGCUCAAGUAUGGUGAAUGCUGGUUUCCCAUUUGCCCUAUAAGACGCAUUCUUACAAAAUUCAUUUGAGGUUUAUAGAUUUAAAGUGUUAUUGGUUAAUCGCUAUCAGCUUAUACAACAACCAGUGAUCUAAUUGGUAUUGUACACUUGUCCAUUAAAUAGUUACGUUUGUGGUGAGACAGUCAAAUUAUCUUUGGUGGUUACUUGGGUUUUGGAGAGAAGCGAGAAAGAAAAACAAAUUAUGUAAUAUCAGUGGAACAUUUCUAGUAUAAUCGCUGGAAUGUCUUUGAUAUUAGCACUGCAGCAGAAGUUUGACAUGAAUUGAUAAAUUAACAUAGGAAGCUUAAAUCAUUUUUAGUGUAAUGGACCUCACACAGCCUCUCCCAUUGUAGUCUGGGAGAAGUUAUCCAUUUCCUUGGCUUCUGCUUGCUGAGUUGAAGUACCAACUUUAUAUUUACUAUGCAUUAAUCCAUAAAGGUUUGACAAAGAGAUUCUCAGAAGUUUCCAACCAGGGAAGAAAGUUGUUUCUUAAGAUAGUAACCCCAGUGGAAAUAAAAUCGAUUUAUUUAUAAAAGGACAUUUUAGAUAUGCUAUGAUAGUUCAUAAACUUGUAUAGGAAGGGUCAUCAAAAUGUAUUGUGAUGUUAAUUCUGAAAAGAAUAAUGACUUUCCAGUCCCAGUUAGUCUGAAACUAGACUGACAGGUAGCCACCCAAUUCAUACUCAAUGGCCACUAUAAAUAAUAAAGCAAUUCUGGGUUUGUAGCUAGAUAUUUUACAAGGGAUCAAUGAGGAAUGAAAACAUUGAUACAACUAACCUUCAAAAAUCAAAGGUCUGUUUGAAGGUUUCAAAUCUUGUUGCACUUACAAAUUUGGCAGAUUAUAUAGUAAAAUAUAUUCGGGGUUUUUUUAACUUUUAAAAUCCAGUUAAAUUAUCACACAUUCAUAUAUUUCUUGUCAACUUUAAAAUGUACACAUUUCAAUAGUUGUAAAGCUCCUUCCUUUUAUUGUUGUGCCAGAGCAUCUGUAUAUUGUACUAUUUCUGACCAUCCCCAUCCCUACACUUUGAUUUAGACUAACAGUGAGCACAAAAUGACACUAGAAUUAUCUGACUUUGUUUUGAGGGCAGUAAUCAAUAGCCAGUAUAGAGUAAUUGAGGUGAUUCCUGUACAAGUAGAUUUAUGAUAAAUUACAUUUGUGGCAAUGAGUUUGGCUGCUUGAUUGAAUUCUGAACUAAGCUGGACUGGGGUUGCUACUUGAGCAGCAUUUUAAUCAGAAUGACUUCAGAAUAUACAGUGCAUUAAUCCCUUCAAUAACCCAUGGAAAAUGUAAAAUGAGUCAUGUAAUAAAGCACUAUUUCCUGGUUGGGUUUUAGAGAUAGUUGUACAAUGUUUCAGUGUUUUUUUACGUUAUGGUUUGCUUUGUUAAAAUAUAUGUUACACAGCUUUUAAUCAAAAUGUUUGCUUCUGUCUAAACAACAUAUUGUUGGCUAACUUGCAUUCAAAUUAGUUUUUAGAUUAUAAGCAGCCUAAGGUAAUUUGAACUCCCAACCAAUGUGAACCUUUAUAUUAAUUGCCAACAAUGGUCGAGAUAGUAGAAUGAAAUGAAGUACAAACACAGCUUCCUGGAGAUAUUUUAUUCUUCUUGACAUUUAGAUAUGUGUUGAAGGUUAAGAACAUUAUUUUUAUUUUGUGUUUCUCCUUGGUGUAGUUGAAACCUGUUGAAAAUCUGAAAAUGUAUUUGUGGAUUGACGGCCGCAUUGCUCUCGCUACUGAAAUGCGGGCUGAAUCUGGCAAAAGGCUAACAUAGAUUAUUACAGUAAGAUAUUAAUGUAAAUUACUUCCUGGGAAUCACUGGAAACCAAUGAAAUUGUGUGGCCUGAAUUGCGUAAUGAGUGAAUGUGUAGUGAGUGGGUAGUACAUAAGUCGCACUUGGUGUCAGCAUCCUGCCACCGCUUUAUUAACCUCCAUUUUGUGCCAGUUUAUGAAUUACUUGGGGAAGUGCAGGAGCCUUUUUCUUAAUUUUUUCUUCUGUAUGUGAGGUUUCUGUUGCCAUAUGUUAAUGAAAAGGGCGUUUGAUCUUCUGCCUUACUACACAGUGACAGUAUACAAAGAGUAACACAUCUUGGGGUCAGGCUUUCAUCGAUGACUGUGACCACUAUGGAUCACCAAGCCAAAGGCACGGAUGGCCACAAGUGCCUUUCUAUUAUUUUUACUGGAUCUCAAAUUGAAGCUUUGACACAAUAGCCACCUGGUAGAGAGAAGGUUGGUUGGUUUUGUUCGAGCUUGGUUGUCUUUUGAAAUUUUCCUGGGCAGUAUACCUGGAGCAACUACACACUGAUGUCAGUUUCAGAUUGCCAACAUCUACUUCAAUAAUCCUAAUGCCAAAAUGUGCAUGCUCACCAUAGCCAAAAUAUUUGUUAUUUAAUGGUAUGGAUUUAAAUGAGGACAUCAGUGGGUUAGGUACAAGAUUUAUUAUGCGAUCAUUUACCUAGUAAUUAUUAAUACAGAGUGGUUAGAAUUAGUUACAAAGUACUAAUAUUUCAUUCCUUUAUUUUGUGCAUGUGUGUGCGUUUAUCAAAAUGAGGGCUUUUAUUGGGGACUCUUUCUUUGCCCAUUUUGGCCAUGCGACAUCAUUAGGAAUGACCAUGUCAACAGAGUUGGGAAGUAGAGUUAAGAUCCAUUCGCUGUGCUCAAAAUUAUGUGCCUUGUUCAUAUUCUCUGGAAAAAAAAAUCCCUUAGAAAACCAGUAUGGUAUUUCUAUUUUCUAUAUCGACCUUCCUGAGAGAGUUUCAUAACCUAAAGUCAGUUUAAACCAGAUUCCGGGCAGCUCUGACAUGUGUAUUACGUACUAGCUGCAGAGAGAUUUUAAGUAAUUUCAUAUGCUUCUUUCAUCUGCCAUGGAGAAUUGUUUUUAUUUUUGAGGUGGAUUUGACUCCUGGUCACUGGUAGAUGGUGCUUCAAUGUGUUUGUUUACUCAUUCCAGGAAGCAUGACAGUUUUUGGUUAAGUACUCGCAACUAUGGAUAUUAGGUUGCAACAAAAAUGUCUCUUCCUGCUUUCUAUGAAACCGUUGGUCCCAUAAGCAUGUGUGAGGACACUCACCACUGCACUUCCCCAAUGUUUUGAUCUUUGAAGUAGCUACUUGGAAAUGUGCAAGAUUAGCAGAGGUCAUUUUUUCCUUUUCGUGAUGGGGAGAGAUACCCAUUCAGUUUCUGCUGCUUUCACUCUACCUCCAGUCGCCAUACAAAGUAAUCUAAGCCUGCAGCCCAGGCUCAUUACACAUCCGCAUCACUGUUUUAAUGUAUUUUUUUCUGUAUCACUUUAAAAAAAAAAAGGAACUAGUAAAUCAACAAACU